GCGAAGAAGAAGCUGGAGCGACACCACACGUGUGCAGCAUAGUGUCAACAUGGGCAGAAGAAGACAGAAUACGCAACUAUUUACAAGUUUAUCCAAGAAACAGAAGAAACAUUUGAAGGAGUUUGGAGAGGAGCAUCCAUUCCACGAUGUAGUCAGUGAGGGUCCUGAAAGAACUGAAAUAGUUAAACUGCCUGCAAGCCCAGAGCACUCUGACGUUGAGCCUGAUGAGCUGGAGGAGGACGAGGAGGAAGAACCAGAGCAGAAAACAGCCUAUCAGAAACUUCUUUCAACGCUCGGCAAACCCACCGGCAAUGAGCAGAGUGACGAGGAGAGCAGUGAUGAUGAUGAGGAAGAGGAAGGAGAAGAAGAGCUUCUGGAGGAAGAAGGGGACAGUGAUGAUGAUGUCGGUGAUGAGAGUGAGGAUGGUGAAGAAGAUGAGGAUGGUGAAGAAGAUGACGUCGGAGAGGAAGAACCCCAGGAUGCCGAUAUGGCUCUGACUAAAGCAGCAGAAGGAGAGGAGAUGGUGGAGACAGAGGAGGCAGGAGGUGAAGAAUUUGAAGACAAGGAGAAUGAAUCCCAUUUCUGUUUGGAGACCAACUUCAUUGAAGAAGAUGGAGGAGCGGAGGAUACAAAAACAACUGCAGAGCAAGAAGACUACAAAGACAUGUUUUCAGAUCAUUUGGACACAGAACUAGGUGAAGAGGACGUGAAGAGGAUAACAUCUGGCAGCAAGGCAAAGGCACAGAUCACGUGGCCAAAAUUGGGCACAUUACUCUGCACCAAUCCGCUGGAGAAGUUUGGGUCGAUCGGACAACAGAAAGACACAAAUCUCCCUGUUUUCCACAAACUUUUGGAGUCUAACUGGAAGAACUUAAACCAGACCUCAGAGCCCAAAGGGGAGGUCGGCUCACUGCAGCUUGAGCUGUUGGCUCUCAUGGGCUCCUACAAGGACCUCUACUACCCAGAGACUUGCCCUCUGAACCAGGGCCCUCAGGUCCGCAGUGCAUACUGCCUCCACGUGCUCAACCAUGUGCUGAAAGCAAACUCUCAGGUCCUGGCUCAUAACGCACAGCUGAGAGAGCAGAAGACUCAGACUAAAGCUGGAGCCGAGCCACAGGAUGAACCCAGAGAUCAAGGACUGACCAGGCCCAAGGUCUUGAUUCUGAUUCCGUUCAGAGGCGGAGCUCUGAGAGUUGUCCAGACGCUCAUCAGCCUGCUGGAAACGAAAGGUAAAAAAAUCGUGGUGAACAACAAGAAGAGGUUCAAAGAAGAGUUUGGAGAGGAGGAAGAUGAGAAACCAUCCAAAACGCAGAGACCAGACGAUUACCGCGCCAUUUUCUCAGGCAACGUGGACGAUCACUUCAGGAUAGGCGUCUCCAUUGUGAGGAGCAGCAUACGUCUCUACUCCCCGUUUUAUUCAUCGGACAUCAUCAUUGCGUCUCCUCUGGGCCUCCGCACAGUGCUGGGAGCAGAAGGAGAGAGUAAGAGAGAUUUUGAUUUUCUCUCCUCCAUCGAGCUGCUGGUGGUGGACCAGGCUGACGUCCUCCUCAUGCAGAACUGGGAACAUGUCUUGCACGUGAUGAAGCACAUGAACCUGCAGCCGCUGGACUCCCAUGGAGUGGACUUCUCCAGGGUCAGGAUGUGGAACCUAAACAACUGGGCCAGACACUACCGGCAGACUCUGGUGUUCAGCUCCAUCCAGGACCCCCAGAUCAACAACAUCCUCACCAAGCAGUGUGCCAACUACCGAGGACAGAUAGCCACAAAGAACAUGCCAAAAACCGGCUCGAUCAGCCUGGUGCUGGUUCAGGUACCUCAUGUGUUUCAGAUGUUCCCUUCUGACAGCUUCAUGGACCACGAUGCUCGGUUUCAGUUCUUCUUAGAUAAGGUGCUGCCUCAGUACAGGGACUCUGUAAUGUCCCACACUCUCAUCUACAUCCCGUCUUACUUCGACUACGUCCGCGUCCGCAACUUCAUGAAGAAGGAGGAGAUCAACUUCACCAGCAUCUGCGAGUAUUCCAGCAAGUCGGAGGUGUCCCGAGCAAGACACUUCUUCCAGAAAGGAGACAAACAGUUCCUGCUCUUUACUGAACGCUUCCACUUCUACAAGAGGUACGCCAUUAAAGGGAUCCAGAACCUGAUCUUUUAUGGACUGCCCUCCUUCCCCCACUUCUACAGCGAGGUGUGUAACAUGCUGGCAACAGGUGAUCAGGGGGAGAGUGCCAGCUGGACCUGCACUGCACUCUACUCCCGCUAUGAUGCCCAAAAGUUAGCCGCGAUCACCGGAGCCCAGAGAGCCGGACAGAUGCUGCACUCCAACAAGCCUGUUCACCUCUUUAUCACAGGGGGUGAGGAAAAAGCCUCCUGAUGAACAUAUGGCAUAAUUAAAGAGUCAACAGUGGUAGAUGUUUCCCUCAGAUUGAGUAUCAGGAAAGACGUUGAAUGCAGGUGUAUAAUAUUUAAUUGCCAUGAUACCCAAAUAUCAGAGUACAUACUGGUUAUAUAUUUGAACUAUAUUCAUCUUUAAAAUGAGGAUAAAGAAGCUCUCCGUCAUAUUCAGACUGUCGUUCUCACAUACAGGAGGACAGAGACAUUUUUGAGUUGCUGUAAAUAGAAACUAACCUCAAGACACAAAGCGAGGAGAUGAUAAAACCUUGUUUUGAUAAGUUGUGGGUGGUUACUGGAAUAAGUUGUUAUGACUCUGCUUUCUAUUUCAAUUCCAUGUAAUUGUACAUGUUAACACAUUAUCUUAUCUUCUCUAUUGUUGGAUACUAUUCUUAGUUCUAUCUAUACUUUUCCUAAAAGUGAAAAAAAUAAUGAAGGUUUUUACACUUUUUUGUAUCUUGUCCUACCGAAUAUGAGACUUGAAAAUUUAGUGGGUUUUUUUAGUAAUUCUAAAACCAAUCUGUUAAUGUAAUACACAUUUGUGCUAUUUAGAAAGUGUUUUGCCUAAAGUUUGGUCAUUUAUAAAAAAUGAAAAAUAUUGGCUGCACAAGGAAUUCUCUUUUUGCAGCCAUGUUAUUGAAACAUG